AUGAAUAAUAAUCAUUGUUAUCGUCCUUCUCUAACUGGAAAUAAGAACCGAAGAAGAGCACAAUAACCUAAAUUUUUAGCUUACUUAAAAAUGCAUUCAAACAAAAAUAAUAAUUUAAAGAGUUCUUUGCUCUUUCAAGGUAAUACUUAAUAAAUUACAAAAAAUAUUUUAGAUUCUUAAGAUCCUGAUACUCAACUGAGUUUAAUUAAUAGAUCAAUUGAUGUACCUCAUUUUAAUGAGAGAUCAAGCUCAAAAUAAAGAGUUCAAACUGAAAUAGUUAAGCCAAAUAUAGAUUUUCAACUUUUAAAUUAAAAAGUAGCUUAGUCUACAGCAUAUUUUCCUAGACUGAAAGAACGUGCUGUUUCAUGUUAAAAAAAAAUCUAUUAACAAGUAAUCUAAAAUUAGAAUAGAAAGCCCAAAAUUCUGAAAGUGAAGAUUCUCCAAUUUUCAUCCAAAAUUUAUAGAAGUCACUUGAUUACUCAAAUGAAAAAAAUAAAAAAAGAAACCUGACUCCUCUCUAAUAACGAACUCUAGAUGUACCAAAAUCUUAGAGCAAAUCUGAUCACCUAAAUUAAGAGGAAAUUAUGCAGUUUUCUUUUGGUCUUUAAUAUAAUAGGUAGAGCAUAGAGAAACCAAAACAUAAAUUUCCAAAAGAUAUUUUUCUUGGGGAUGUCAGAAAAGUCAAAAGAAUUUUUUAAUAAUAAUGA